CAGUGCAUGUUAUGCUCUGGAAUGCUGCAUAAGGAAAGAACAUGUCGUGGCAAUGAGCUUGCACAGGCAAGCCGACUGCAGAUAGAAAUGGCUUGCUCAAUGGUACAGCGACUGGGUUGUCGUCUUGUCUACAGGACAAAAAUCAUGGUCGAGCCGAAGUUUUCCCCUGCAGUGUCUGCUCCUUGUUUCUCCACAGACAACUCGUCGGUGCAACCAACUACAUCAAGUCAACUUCCCAGUGUAUCAUUACGUCUCUUGCAGGAUGAAUUUAAUAUCCAGAAAAUACCAUUUCACAGUCAGUUCAAUGACAGUAAGAUUUAUUCCAUUAAUCAUGGACAUCAAAGUGUAUCAACACAAGAAAAGGAAAAAGUAAAAAAUUCAUUAAAGCAGUGCAGGUCUGUCACAGAUGUUUUUCGAAAAUUGGACAUCCCCACAAGUGAUCAAACUGAAGAAUUAGCAGGCUCAGCAUCACAUGCUCUACUGAGAAUAUGUAGUGUACAAAGAGAUGAGAAAGCCAGUGACAGUAGUAAUGAGUCAGAGACAAUUCUAUGUGACAGUUUAUUGGAUGAAUUAUAUGACAUAGCUGGAAGAAACCUGUCAUCUUUGCCCAGUAGUACAGUACUCACUCUGGGUAAAACGUUUCUGAAGUUCGAAAAUACCAAACACAAUUUUUCUGAAUCUUUAAUAGAAGAUAUAAAAGACGUAUAGUCGAGUUACAGUUCUCUUUGACAGAUUUGUUUACACUGUGUGAUGUGCUGAAGGGGAAUAAAAAGUAUCAGGAAUUGGUCAACUUGAUUUGGUUCCAUAUUGGUAAAAGUUCCAUCAAAAUUGAUAUCUCGCCUAUCCUCUGGGGACCUUCACAG